UUCUUGAACUUCCUAUUUUCAGCCCUGUCUCAUCGUGCCUGUCAAGAUGGUCAUCGAUUUGACAGGAGAUUCUGAUUCUGAGGACCAGAUUCGUUCGCAGCUACACUCAAACAUUAAAUCGGCUACACCGAAUUUUUUCACCCACUUAGCACAUCGGACACCGUUACCAUCAGUGCCUCUGAAGAGAAAGUCGGAGAAGAGUCCCGAGUCAGAACUAUAUGAUGCCUUUUUCAAUUUCAGAAAAAAGCCUUUAGCACCCUCAGUGGGAUCCUCUGCAGCUUCAAGCUCUGCCCCCCAUCAGAACAAUAAGCCGAAUGGUUGUUCCAUAGCUCCUGCGCUCCAACCUAGCACCCCGAGCCCAAGUCCAGCCAUCACGGAGCAGAGUCUGCCGGCACAGGUCAUCAGUGUUGUGGUUCCUUCUCCUUCUCGACAGCUGAAGAAGGAGAUUGAGUCUGCCAAGUGGGCACCAAGCGCUCGAAAGCGCGGUCUUAAGGGUGCUUAUCCAGCGGCGAGGAAAGUCAACCGUGCUGCGAUCCCUCUGCCCAUUGGCACGCCCGGGCCAAUCUUAAAGAAGAGACCGGAGGCCCUUGAUCAGCAAUACCGCACUCUACAGCGCAAGCUUUCUAUGAUCAAGGGACCUAAAGUCACAUGUGCGCCAGAUGAUGGACUAAAGCUCGCAAAGGUUACCGCCAACUUUGAGUUCAUUAAUAGCUAUAAGCUUCACAAGGGGGUUUCCCCUGCUCCAGCUGAAUUCAUUGGUGGCUGUAGCUGUGGUAAAUACUGUGACCCUGACAGGUGCCCAUGCUCUGAAAAGGAGGAUGAUUCAACUGAAAAUAUCAUUCCGUACCAAAGAGCCAGAGACCGCCCAGACCUUUUAGUCCUGACUCCAGAAUUCCUAAAGCGCUCGACAAUGAUCUUCGAAUGUGGCGCCAAGUGCGCCUGCGAUAAGGGCUGCUGGAAUAGGGUCGUGCAGCGUGGCAGGACUGUGGAACUAGAAAUUUUCCACACUGGCAAUCGUGGCUUUGGCCUCCGGUCUCCCAGCUAUAUCAGAGCGGGCCAGUUUAUCGACUGUUAUCUAGGAGAAGUUAUUACCAAAAAACACGCAGAUAUUCGCGAAGACAUCGCCCUGAAAAAUGGCCAUUCCUAUCUCUUUGGACUUGACUUCUCCCCCGAAGUUGAUGAAGCAGACAUCUAUGUCGUGGAUGGACAGAGGUUCGGCUGUGCAACUCGCUUCAUGAACCACUCCUGCAGACCGAAUUGCCGGAUGUUCACCGUCACUAACACAAUCGGGGAUGAGCGGCUUUACAAUUUGGCUUUCUUCGCCUUGAAUGACAUCCCACCGAUGACCGAAUUGACCUUUGAUUACAACCCCGGCACAGAGAAAAGCACACAGGUUGACUCUAGUGUCGUCGCUUGCCUUUGUGGAGAGGAUAACUGUCGAGGUCAACUCUGGCCGAGCAAACGCAAGGGCACCAAAUAAACUGCAUGAUACCCCUCGCAUCAGCAACCUAUCUAUUCGUCUGUCCCCUCGCCUCGCAUAUUCAUCUCUGGACCCUUUUUCCACUACCAUCUCAAACUUCUUUUGUAUGUACCACACGCACUUUAUUCAGCGUCAGCGUUGCAUUGGGAGCGUUUGCACAACCACACCCGGCGUUUCUAGCAUGGAGGAGCGAUCAUACCUCUUUUUUUGAUUUUUUUUUCUCUCAAAAGUGCAUAUUCUACAGGAUGAGGCUGGCCUUCUCCCCGGCAUAAUCGGCUAUUCCCACGGCGUAUCAUUGCAUUCGGUAUGGACAACUGUUCAUCGCCCAUUACGAUACAUGUACAUGUUUCAUUGAUCUGUAUCCGUGGAAGGAACAGACGCGUUCUUCUUGUCCUAUCCUUUUGUUGAGAUAGCUGAGCUGUUGAACUCCCUCCUUCAGUUCAGCUACGUUGGUAAAGGGCAUCUUUCAUGCGAUCGGCAAUUUCCUGCUUCGUUUCUCUUUUUCUCCUUUACGAAUUUCUUUGGCACAUUCCUGGGGAUUACUCAUCCAAUUUUACCUGUAUCUUGAUUGACUGGUAUGCUGUUUUUAUUAUUGGAGUUGGGUGCUGCUUUUCUUUGUUGAUAGCCCGAUUGAAGGAUACCCCUGUACCGGCACAGCGCAGCGUCCUCGACUAGACAGAGGCUAGAUACCUGAACGCAAUAAUGAUCAUUACAGUUGCUGCUCCUUUAUUCAAAU